UCUUAGUGUUUUGUGUAACUCAUACUGAAGUGUAGUUUACUUGAUGGGUAACUGUUCUGUUUAUAUCAUGGUGUUUUGUACCCAUCUGAGUGUGUUAAACUCUUAUUAUGACAUUGGUCUUCUUGCUCAGGUCUCAGAUUCUCUGUCCUUUUGCCCAUCAGAUCAACAAAGUUUCAUGUCUGAACUUGAUUCCCAGGUCUCUACUGCCUUUGACCCGUUUGCUGAUGCGAAUGCUGAGGACUCAGGUGCGGGAACAAAGGAGUACGUCCACAUCCGUGUGCAGCAGCGCAAUGGUAGGAAAAGCUUGACAACAGUCCAAGGGUUGAAGAAAGAGUAUAUUUACAGCAAUAUACUUAAGGACCUCAAGAAAGAGUUUUGUUGCAACAGUACAUUGGUUCAUGACUCUGAACUCGGACAUGUUCAUGUUUAUUUUACAGCAAGAUAUUUAAGGACCUCAAGAAAGAGUUUUGUUGCAACGGUACAUUGGUUGCAAACACAAUAAUUGCAUAUAAAUAAAUAUAUUAUCAAUUUAAAUAUCAA